AUGAUAGACAGCAAUAUAGAAUACCCAUAUGAGGAAGCAGGUACAAUAGUCAGAUGGUGUGUUUCACAGGGUGAAAAGAUCGAUCAAGGUAAACCAUUGGUCAUCAUUCAACUAUCACUAAAUCAUCAACUAGAUUUAGAAUCAUCAAAUGAUACAACAACCGAUGUAUCUACAGGUACAACUACAACUACAACGACUACUUCAACUACUACUUCAACUACACCACAACAAAUUAAAAAGAAACCAAAAAGAGAGAAAAAGGAUACAGGUGAAAGAGUUGUAUUGGCAAGACACGAUGGAACGAUGAGAACUAUAUCAAUGCCUGCAGGUUCUAUUAUAGAUACCACAAAGGUUAAACCAAAUUUGGGACGUAUAGAGUAUUGUACACACGAUAUGCAAUUUCAUGGUAUGUGUGCAACGUGUGGAAGAGAUGUAGCCGAGCAGAGAAAACAACAGGCACUUGAAAACCAGGUGAGUGGUAGAAAGCGAUCACCAAACCAAGACUCGUCGCAACCAAUCCACUCGAUUCUACAUGGUCAGCCACACAUCACCGUUUCACACAAGAUGGCACAACAAAUUGAAGAAAAGAAUGCAAAGCGACUGUUGGACAAUAAAAAGUUGUCAUUGGUACUGGAUUUGGAUCAUACCAUCAUUCAUGCCAUCAUGGAACAACAUUUUAUGGAGGUUCCCUAUUGGCGUACCAUCGAUAGAAAGAAAUCAAAUAUUCAUGAAAUCAUUUUAAAUGGUAAUCAAAGAUAUUUUAUUAAAUUAAGACCACAUUUAUAUGAAUUUUUAAGAGAAGUAAAUAGAUUAUUCGAAUUACAUAUUUAUACAAUGGGUACAAGAAAUUAUGCACAAAAGAUUGCCAGUUUGGUAGAUCCAAAACAAAGAGUUUUCAAGGAGAGAGUAUUGUCUCGAGACGAUACACCAAAUGAUAUGAAUCAUAAAACAUUGAAAAGAUUGUUUCCAUGUGAUGAUUCAAUGGUUUUAAUUGUUGAUGAUAGAUCGGAUGUUUGGAAAAAAUCAAAAAAUUUAAUUCAAAUUGUUCCUUAUUUAUAUUUUGUUGGAUGUAAAGAUAUGGUAAAUUUAUUACCAACAGAUAAACAAUCACCUCAUCAACAAUUAAUGAAUGAUGAGCCAGCAGCAGCAACAGCAGCGGCAGUUAAUACACCAACACCUCCAUCACCUGGGUCUCCAAAUGUAUCAUCACCAAAACAAAAAGUUGAUCAACAAGAAGAAGAUGAUGAAAAUAGUAUCUAUAAUGAAAAUGAUGAAAGUGAAGGUGAUCAUCAUUUGCGUGUUAUCCUAUCAAAAUUGACUGAAAUUCAUACUGAAUUUUAUAAACAAGUUUCAAAUAAUCAAAAACCUCAUGUUACUAAUAUAGUUGAUGAUAUAAAGAAAAAAAUAUUAAAAGAUGUAUAUAUUGUUCUAAGUGGAAUAUAUCCAAUUAAUUCAUCACAACCUCAACCAUUAAGAAUAUUGGCAGAAGAAAUGGGUGCAACCGUUCAAAAUGAAAUCACUCCAAAAACUACUCAUGUUAUGGCUGCUCGCGUAAGAAGAAAAAGAAAAAGAAAAGGAACAUCAAAAGUUAAUCAAGCAAUAUCAAUGGGAUUACAUGUAGUAAAUUCAUCAUGGUUGGAAUCAACUGCCAUGCAUUGGACUAAAUUGGAUGAAAAUGAUUUCCCAAUAAAGGAUUCAGAUUCACCACCACCUAGAGAUAAUGGUAAUGGAAGUAAACAUAAAUCAUCUUCAUCUUCAUCUUCAACUUUAUCCUCAUCAUCGGCACCAGCAGCAGCUGCUUCAUCAUCAUCAAGUAUAAAUGAGGACAAUACAAGUAAAUUUGAAGAAAUUGUUCGAACACAUGAUAUGGUAGCUGCUUUUGAUCAAGCAGAUAAAGAAUUGGAAGAAUUUUUAGCAGAUGGUGAUGAGUCUGAUGGUAGUUCGAGUGGUGCAAGUUCAAAUGGUGGCGAUAGUGAUUCUGAAAAUCAAGAAAAUGAUUAUAAUGAUAAUGGCAAAAAGGAUGAAGAACAAGGAGAGGAAGAAGAAGAAGAUCAAGAGGAAAAUUCACAUAAAAGAAAAAGGAUAAAACAUGAACAAGAAAAGGAUAUAAAAGAUGGUGAAGAAGAAGAAGAUAUAAAAGAAGAAGAAGAAGAAAAUAAUAAUGAUAUCAUGUUGGAUAAUGAUUUGGAUUUAUUAUUAGAAGAAGAAUUGGAAAAAUCAUUUAAAGAAAUUGAACAAGAAGAUGAAGAUGAAGAUGAAGAUGAAGACAAUUAA